UCCUAGGCUAACCUAUCGAUAAGAGCCAUCAUAGGCCACUGGCACGGAUCUUCUUGGCACUUUCAUCAGACAUCAGACAACUCCCCUACGCCGGCCACAUCUUAUCUCUGGCAAAGAUCCAGCACUUGCCGCAAACGAUCUGAUCCGGUGUAGUGCGCCUAAAGCCACGUGUCAACAGUCACAGUCAUGGGCCUAGUCGACUAUUCGGAUUCGGAAUCCGAAACCGAAACCGUGGGCCAGCAAGCGACUUCCGCAGCGCCUGUACCUUCGAAGAAGCAUUUCCAGAAGCUCCUCGAUCGCUCGUCCGGCUCUGGCAAGAUUGUUGUCAACCUCCCAGCAGCAAGUUCUACCACCGAUAACAGCGCCGAUGAUGAGCGGCCGCCCGCAAAGCGGGCCAAGAUAACCGGUGCAAGCAGGUUCAGCGGCCUCAGCUCAUUCCUGCCGCCACCCAAGAAAACCGGGGCCGCCGCACCUGCGGCGUCAGAGAGGAAGCUAGGCACAGCACCCGCGCCCGGGGUACACUUGCGGACGGCCGCCGAACCGGCAUUCGUCCGACGUGGUAGCGGGACCGACCUGGACGACACAGACGAUAUCGAUGGCUCCUCACGGUCGUCUGACCUGAACCUACGCCCUCCUACUUCGAAAGGCCCAUCAAUACCCGAAGGCCAAAAACCAGAAGAGGAGGUGAAGCUAGUUGGUAAGCCGUUGAUGUUCAAACCUCUGUCGGUGACCAGGAAGAAGACGCCGGCGAAGAACAAGAAGACAGAGGCCGUCGCAGUCGCAGCCAGCGCAGCCGCCGAGGCAGUGGCUCCGCAAAGGGGCUCGCCCAGCACGGUGACGGUUACAGCACCAAGCACAGAGCCGCCGCCGCCGAAGAAGAAGAAGGUUUCCCUCUUCUCCGUGGCCGAUGACGAGCCAACUCCAAACACCGCCAGUACAGCCCCCGUAGCAGACAACUACGCACCCAUGUACCCCACCGGUCCCGGCGCCUUCCAAGAAGAUGAUGAAAGCGACGUAACCUCUGCAUACCCAGUCUACCAGCACCAUCCACCUUCAACCCAAACCCAAGAAGAACAACAACCACAGCCCUUAACGUCCCUCGCCGACGGCCUGUCCGCGGCAGCGCGGCGCGAACUUUUUGGCCGCAACCGCGGCGGCGCCGAUGCCGCGUCAAUGCUGAUCCCGCCGAACGCAAAGGUGAUCAGUUUCGACAUGGAGCGCGAGUACGCGCACAACGAGUCGCUGCGGGCGUCGGGCGCCCAGCAGGCGUACAAUCCGGUCCGGUCGAUCGCGCCCGGCAAGCACAGCCUGCGGCAGGUGGUCAACAUGGCGCAGAGUAACCAGAGCGCGCUGGAGGAGAGCUUCGCGCGGGCCAAGAGCAACCAGCGAGAUGCGGCGGGGCGGUAUGGGUGGAAGUAGGUCCGUGCUGGGUAUGGGGCGGUUUUGGGUGUGCUGCGUGUAGGCUAGCGGAGGAAGACCUGGCAGAGGUUGGAGAAUGAUACCCUGGUGUAUACCUAUAUACAAUGAACCUGAUA